UUUCCCCCCUCCUUCCACACUCACUCCCGCACACCCCCCCCCCCUCUCUCCUCCAGCUCCACCGUCCGCCCGUGCCGCGCCAUGGCGGUGAGCAACAACAUCACGGCGUGCGUCACCUUCCUGGUCCUGCUCUGCACGGUCCCCAUCGCCGCCACGGGCGUCUGGCUCGCCGCCCGCCGCGGCGGCGCCGGGUGCGCGCGCCUCGCCCGCUGGCCCGUCGCCGCGCUCGGCGCGCUCCUCCUCCUCGCCGCGCUCGCGGGCCUCGUCGGCGCCCGCCGCAACCUCAGGGGCCUCCUCGCCUGCUACCUCUUCGCCGUGGCCGCCCUCGUCGCGCUCCUCCUCGCGCUCCUCGCCGCCGCCUUCGCCGCCGCGCACGGCUCCGGGGCGUACCCCGUGCCCGGCCGCGCAUACCAGGACUACCGCCUCGAGGGCUACUCGCCGUGGCUGCGGAGGUACGUCGCCGGCGACCCGGAACGGUGGGAGGGCAUCCGGGCCUGCGUCGCCGGCUCGGGCACCUGCAGGAAGCUCGCCAUGGACAGAUCCUUCAUCGUGCCGGAGCAGUUCUACAUGACGCACCUCUCCCCCAUCGAGUCCGGGUGCUGCAAGCCGCCGACGGCGUGCGGGUUCGCGUACGUGUCGCCGACGGCGUGGUCGGGCCCCGCGGCGAGCGCGGACCCGGACUGCGCGGCGUGGAGCAACGACCCGGGGCAGCUCUGCUACGGCUGCGCCUCCUGCAAGGCCGGCGUGCUGGGGGCGCUCCGGGAGCAGUGGCGCCGGGCCAGCGUGCCGCUGCUCGCCGCCACCGUCGCGCUCAUCUUCGUCUACGUCGUCGGCUGCUGCGCCUUCCGCAACGCGCAGACGGAGGACCUGUUCCGCCGCUACAAGUGGGGCAACAACACCAACUACUGAUGACCUGCAACUGCGAGCAGGGAGGUGAGUUCUGUCUGCGUGCAAUGUCUUCAGAAGCUUGUAAUUAAGAUGAAUGGUUUGGUGCCGGUGAUCUGAGCAAGAAUUUCGACGGAAUGAGCCUCCUCUUUUUCUUUCCUUUUGUGAAUUCUGUGCUCCAAGAAUCUCGAUGAUGCGAUCCUGACUGAAACUUCUUAAGAUCAGUUGGUGCCGGCAACA